AUGAUCGUCGUAUAUCACCGCCAGAUGGAGCGCAGUGUGACCUUGGCCAUCUGUGAUGUGAAUAUCGAUUCGCGGGUCACCCAAGAGGAUCUCCAAGAUCUUAGCCGUGAAGAGCGUGGGCUGGCCCUUCGGUCCGCUGCUAUUGACAUCGAUGCCGUGCUGAAGGAGUUGAAUCACGGCUUGCACAUCUCCCCGAGCAAUUGCAAAGAACAGUGCAUUCUGAAUAGACCGUCUGCAGCAAUGAGCAGCGGGACGCUCUGA